GUGAUCUUCUCUCCGGACUGUACAGAAAGUGUUUUCGUUGCUCCCGCGUCGGUUCACGCGAAAGUGUUUCGCGAGCGCAAACGGUUCGACUUUAACCGUUACAAGAAGAAGAAGAAGGAGGAGGUGCGUUGGUUUUCACCACCAUGAUCCUCUAAGGGCGACGAGAGGAGCUCCGUGUUGCUGCUGCUGCUGAGAAACUACAGACAGAGAUGUAGCAUGUGUGUUGGUGUGACAGGUGGACCAUCAUGCACCUCUUCCUGCUGCUGAUCCUCCAAGCCACAGCAGCCUUUGGACAGGUUGACCCCACUCACUGUCGCUUCGCGUUGGGCAUGGAGGAUGGACGCAUCAAGGACAAUGACAUCACGGCAUCCAGCCAAUGGUACGAGACGACAGGACCCAAGUAUGCCAGGUUCAAUCGCGAGGAGGGCGACGGCGCCUGGUGUCCUAAAGGGGAGCCGUCGGACAGUCAGUACCUGCAGGUGGACCUGGGCAGGUUGACCUUCCUGACCGUGGUUGGGACUCAGGGACGAUACGCCAGGAGCUCCGGCAAAGAGUACGCCACAGCUUAUCGCCUCAACUACAGCAGGGACGGCCAGACGUGGAAGUCCUGGCAGAACCGUCAGGGGAACACGGUGAGUCAAACCCACCAAGGACAAGUCAAAACAUGAGUGGCAGCGAGACGGU